AUGGUUAUGGUGGUGCUGGUACUUCAGGUCAUGCCUUCUGACAGCUUCUUCUUUUCCAUUGUCCGAGACCCAGCGGCUCUUGCUCGCUCUGCCUUCUCCUACUAUAAAUCCACCUCAUCAGCUUUCCGCAAGGCGCCGUCCUUGGCUGCCUUCCUGGUCAGUCCUCAAGCCUUCUACCGGCCUGGGGCCCGUGGGGACCACUACGCACGCAACUUGUUAUGGUUUGACUUUGGCCUCCCCUUACCACCAGAGAUGAUGACCAAGAGAGGGAAUCCUCAUCUCCCCCGAGAACCCACCCCCCGACAGCUGCAUGUCUUGCCUUCUGGCGCUGACCCUCGAGCCCACACCCUGGAGCCCAGUGCUCUCUUCCAUCCUGCUGCCACUGUUGCUGAUGGUCACAGCCAGAUGUCUAGCCCUGCCUCUUUAAAUGUGGGGUCUCCAUCCUUCAUCCAGUGGAACCUGGCUUGGCUGGACUCUGUUUUUGACCUGGUUUUAGUGGCCGAGUACUUUGACGAGUCAUUGGUUCUGCUGGCAGACGCCCUGUGUUGGAGUCUGGAUGAUGUGGUGGGCUUCAUGCACAAUGCCCAGGCUGGAGGUGUGCAUGGCAGAAGCACUGUCAGUGAUGGCGGGCUGACUGCUGAGGACAGGCAGCUCACUGCACGGGCCCGAGCCUGGAACAACCUGGAUUGGGCUCUCUAUGUUCAUUUCAACCACAGUCUGUGGGCACGAAUAAAGCAAUAUGGCCAGAGUCGGCUGGAGAGUGCCGUGGCACAGCUCCGGGCUCGCCGAGAAGCCCUGGCUAAACACUGCCUUGUUGGGGGUGAGGCUUUAGAACCCAAAUACAUCACUGACCGACAGUUCCGCCCUUUCCAGUUUGGGUCAGGUAAGGUUUUGGGUUAUGUACUUCGGAGUGGACUGAGCCUCCAAGACAGGGAGGAGUGUGAGCGCCUGGCUACUCCUGAGCUACAGUACAAGGACAAGUUAGAUGCCAAGCAGUUUCCCCCAGCUGUCUCUCUGCCCCUCAAGACUUAA